AUGUCAGCCGUUCCUCUCCAGACGGCCGUGCCGCCAGGCCAACAUGCACCGUUUGCGACGGUCAGCGAGAAGGACCGUACGGCUUGGAUUCUGGUUGCGACGGCGAUGGGCAUCGCAUUCACCACGUUGUCGUUGUUAACGAGGCUGACCAUUCGGGCGUUCAUCAAUCGAGGCUGGGGGUGGGAUGACUUGAUGACAGUCGUAGCGACGGUCUUGACAUGGAUCCAGUCCAUCCUCAUCCUCGCAGCGACAACGAAUGGCCUCGGAAAAUCGAUCACUUUGAUCCCUCCCCUAUUACAGUCGCGCAUCGAACAGUUAUACUACGCAAGUAGCCUGUUCUACGUUUCCGCGCUCGAGCUCUCCCGGAUAUCGACCGUGCUGUUUCUCCGUCGAUUGCUGGCGCCGAACUCUCCUCAGUUGCGGUAUAGCACUGCUCUGCUAGUACUGGUGCCAACUUCGGGCUUUGCGUUCUUCCUUGCUGCUGCGCUGCAGUGCAAUCUGUCUCAACCGUGGGCAAUUCUCAACGGACAAUGUUCAGCACCGGGAUGGUUCCUCAAAUGGCAGGUCCACGGGGCGUUUUCGAUGCUCUUCGAAGUCGCCAUCUUCGUCUGUCCAACCUGGCUGGUAUGGCAGCUACAGGCGGGCAAAGAGCUGAAGGCAGAGGUGAUCUCAUCCUUCGCUCCGAGACUCAUCACCCUUGUCUUCACGGCACUACGCCUCACGAGCUUCAAGGCAAGCUCCUUCAAGAGGGACACGACCUUAUCCCUAGCCCCCUACAUCUGCUACACUCAAGCCGAACUAGCCUUCGCUCUCAUGGCCGCUACGAUCCCUACGGCUCGAAAACUGAUGCUCAGUUUCAUUACCUACUACAACGGGCGCGGCUACAGCGACAGCGUGUCGGGUGGUGGGAUCUGGGAUGGAUCCGAGACGAUCAAGUCUCAGACUACGCGGACCUCGAACGGUGGAAGUUAUCAGAUGGACUUUCUGAGGUCGGCGGCGAACCGUAAGAGAGCUGUUGCUUAUGCUGGGGCGGACGAGUUGGGAAGUGGAAUUGGCAAAGGCGGGAGCGAGGAGAUGAUCAUCAGGAAGGAGACGAUUGUUGAGAUUGCGGUAGAUGAGCCGGGCUGA